CAGCUCAAUAAAACAUCGCAUUCCUACCGCUCUCUGAGAAACUGCAGAACUAACAGUGGCCAACUAAAAAGGCUGGGUUGCUCUCUGCCCCUGAUCCCUGGCAGCAUUCUUUCUCAAACUGACCUGUUUUCUUGCUGGGAGGCUGCCCCACUCCACCCACCUGGUGCCUCCCUAGAUUUCCUGACUGCCCUGGGCUUAUUUUUUAACCUUCUCUUCCUUGAAAAGCUCCACUCUACUGACCCAGAACGUGGGCGCCUCCCCUACGAUCACUGACCAUCCUACUCUCCGAGGCGAAUCAUUUCUCUUUAAAAGCCUUGGAAAAUCAGCAGCAGUUGGGGGCUAGGUACCUUCCAAUUCCUGUAAUGCCUCGUUCCUACUUUUAAUUAGCCAAAUUUGAGCAGAGCAGAGAGAAAAGGGGAAAUGCCUUGCUUCUGAGUAGGUCCUGGCUGGGCCCCGUCGGGCUGGCACUGUCUUAUUGCAACUGCCCCGGUUCCCGAGAGCUUCCUCAGUUAAAUAUCCAGAACCCAUCUGCUUACCCACUGUCCCGUAUUGCCUUUCUGAAGGACAUGAAAAUGAUGACGUGGCUGCUGAGAACCAGCCCUAGACCUCUGCUUGAGGGUCCUUCCUCUGAAGACAUCACCAGUGUGUGGAGCCUGCCCCACACCCACCCCCUGCCAAACCACGGCCUUUACCUGUGUCUUCCGGUGUUUCCCGUGCGACCCAUCCUGUGGGAGUGCCUCGUGGGCCACCCCAGAGUUCACCCCACACUCAGCAGCGCCAAUGGUGAAGAUGACAAGAUCCAAGACCUUCCAGGCAUAUCUGCCCUCUUGCCACCGGACCUACAGCUGCAUUCACUGCAGAGCCCACUUGGCCAAUCAUGAUGAACUUAUUUCCAAGUCGUUCCAAGGAAGUCAAGGACGAGCAUACCUCUUUAACUCAGUAGUUAACGUGGGCUGCGGGCCGGCAGAAGAGCGCGUGUUGCUAACAGGACUGCACGCCGUCGCAGACAUUUACUGUGAAAACUGCAAAACCACUCUGGGCUGGAAAUAUGAACAUGCCUUUGAAAGCAGCCAGAAAUAUAAAGAAGGCAAAUACAUCAUUGAGCUAGCACACAUGAUCAAGGACAAUGGCUGGGACUGAUUGGAGAACAUCUACCCAACCCAGUGUCCACGUGAAUGCCAUCCAACCGAACAUUCUACCCAAGCGUGAGAGAGUGACUGAACACUUGGUUCCAUCCAUUUAGGGGCCUUGCCAUCUGGGGCAUUCUCCCACCCUGCCACCAUCUUUCUGGUGACCAGCCUCUAAAUUGCUGUCUCUCUGUCUCUUUGCUUUGUAUCUGUUUGUGAGUUGAUCCUGGCUUCUCUCUCUGUUCUAGUGUUGGCUGAAAGCAAAACAACGAAAGGAACAGAUGCCUGCCUGCAUGGCGGCAGCCCACUUUGAUAAAGGCCCCAGGGCCCUUGAAGAGCUGCCUGAUGGCCUCUUGUCAGGAGAACAGUGGCACAGCGCAGGGGUGUGAGGAAGAGGGGAACCAUGAGGGUCCCGGGUGGGUAGGGGACGGGAGGGUAGAGGUAGGAACAAACUUGUGCUGCUCCUGGAGACCUGGGAACUUAGGCUUGAAAUAAUCGACUUGUCUAAAAGGACAAAGAGAAAAAAAAAUACCUCAUGACUGCAUUCUCUCUGAUCAGAAGCUUCUGUUCCUGACACCAAAUGUGCCAGGUUAGCAAAUGAGCACAAGAAGUGGCCCUAAUUCUAGCUGGCAGGGCAGGGGCCGGCCUGGUUCCCCUGGGCCGAGCUGGGGAGUGUCCUGGCAGCAGUGAGUGACUCGGGAAAAGCCCAGAUGGUUUUGAUGACUCUGAUGCCUCACUGCUCCUCUGGGUAAUCAUCUUUGCCUCUUCAGCCACUGUAGGUGACAGGAGAGGGGACUGCCAUUUGCAAUGGGUGCAAGAUCCAAACGUCCCAAAGGCUUUGACCAGCAACCAAGUAAAGUCAGUGAUGGAGGAUAACAGGGAACAAAGGGGGGUGCAGUUUAGGAGCUCCUGCAGAAAUGGCUCUGAUACUGGGCCAGAGAAAAUAAAAAGUAGAACCAGUUAGCAGUUCUGACUGACCUUUUCUUCUGAACCUUAGUAAGAGAAGAGCAUUGUGGCAGGGAAAGGGGUGGGGUGGGGUGGGGCAUUGCCGGGAAUAGUUUAGGUUUGAACCAUAACAGGUUAAGUGCAUCUUUCUUCUUUGGUAUGCAGUGGCUUCACUGAGAUCAGCAAUUCUUUGUACGUAGAGUUUUGGGUGUUUUUCUCCAGUUCUAUCAUUGUAGAUCGUGGAAAACAAAGUCCCAAGGCUUUGAGCUUAGUGAUAACCUGGCUGGUAGAUUCCUCAUGCCCCUAGCUGUUCUCUUUUACUUGAAUGUUUUGUGUGGAGACAGAUCUGUCAAUUUGAUCCAGCAAUGGGAAGGUCUCAGAUUUGAUGUCAAACGGCAAGUUAUAAAUUCCAGUAUUACACCCCACUCCCCACCUCCCCAUCCAAAGUUCGUUAUAUUAGGGAAGUGGAGAACAAAUCCCUGUAAGGCUCUUGAGAGAGAGAGGAGUUUGUUACGUUUAAUCAACACUGUGAAGUCUGUUCUACAGCAAUUUAGCCAGUACAUGGUGCAUGACCGAAACUCAUUUAACUGAGUUAAUUUCAUUGCUUAGACUGAAAAUAUUAUUAUUGCUAAGAUAUGUGUAGGUUUUGUUAGGUAAUUCUCAGCAUCUCAUUCCCCAAGUAGGCUGAUCCCAUAGGAAAAUUCACCUUAAAAGUCACGAAAGAGUGAGUUCAUGGAGAUGAGAACCUGUAAAAUUCUUAACCAAGAUUAAAGCAGCCAACCCAGGACAUUUUCAGAAUUGAGCCAAAUUCCCAGAGGGGGCGAGUCUGUGGUGGAAAUGCCUUUUUGAGUCUCUGUGUGUUGAUUGUGGAACGAGGGGCUGAGAUGGGUGUGGUCCUGCCCAGCCCCAAGUUUAGCAGCAGACAGCUUCUGUAAGACAAAGAGGAUUCUUAAAAAUCGAAUUUUGUUCCCGAAGGCUUCUUGCCCACAUCUUUUGGUGCUUUUAGUAGCCUGGGAGAUUAAGUUGUUCUCUCCACGUUACUAAAAAGCAGACUGAGGUUCAGAAGAAGUCUUUUCAUUUGUGAUCCCAGAGAAAUAGUUCCUCUGGCUCCCAGGCCCCAGAUCUCAAUAAAAAAAAAAAAAAAAAAAAAAAAAUUUCAACUUUCACAUUCCUAAACUGGCUUGCCAGCAUAGAAAUCAUAGAUUCCCCUCCCCAUCCCUGCUGAAGGCAGUGGCCCUCAUUUCUGUAUUUUGAUUAGCCCCUUCACUCAGGAAACGUCCUGGCUAUUGAUAAUCCUUUCCAUAAAGAGAAGACGGUAUGGGGGGGUUGGGGAGGACAUGGGUAAGUGUGUAAAAACGGAGCGUGGUGACAUAGAAACUGGACAUGAGGUGCCCUAGAAUUUUCAAGGGGCAGAGGAGACUGAUGUGCCACUGUGUUUGUGGGGGUGGGGCCUCUGACUCUUACAAGGAUCAGAGCAGGCUCCAGUUAGACCCCGGUUCUGGUAUUUUCUUCAAUUACUAUCCAUUGAGCAUCCAAUGGGCGCAUGGCACCGUAGUUGGUGCCAGAGAUCUGAGCAGCAUGUUGCAACAGGGGAAGAAAACCCAACUCAUUAGGCUUUCCCUUUGUGUCAACCAAAAGUGCUUCUUAUAACUUUAGCUUCAUUCAUGGCUUGUCUAUCUACCGUCUAUAGUAUUGGAGAGACCGCAGCUGAGCGAUGGAGAUGCAUCAACUCAAGGCCUCAGUCAGUUCAUUUCUUAAUUUCCUCACCAAAUUAUUGACUCAGAGCAUAACCAAAGACCUCAUCUAUUCACCCCUGGGAUGUUUGGGGAAUUGGAGUUCAAUGAUAAAGCUAGGGUGGGGUGCAGGGAGUAGGGAAGGGGAGAAGAAGUGAGAAAGGAAAAGGUAUAAAACCUUUUAUUUAUACUGAGGUUCAGAAGAAGUUUUAUACCUCAGCCAGCAGCUGCCUUCAUUUUCAACUGAAGUCCAACCGGCAGACUCUAGUUCCAUCUCCCCUGUACCUCCCUAAGUCAUAUGGCCUCGGCGGUCCUGGAUUACACCCAGCCUGCUGGGCGGGAUAUUAGUCUCAGUCUGCUGAUGUCCACCGAUCGUCAGCUGGGCCUGCCUGAGUGCUCCCCCAGUUCCCCUGACAGCAGAGUAAAUCUUUACUGGUGGAUCAGUGUGUAAAAGAGAGGUGUCCCCUUGACAAAAAGAUUUUCAAGUGGAUAUAUAAGAAACAGUUGCUUGUGAAAUACACUUUUGUAAAUAAUAUUUAAUUUUUUAAAUAAUAUAUUUGGUGCUGUUUUCUCAGAUCCCCUGAGAGCACUUUUUAUUUUCAUUUUUAAAUGCUGUGGUUUCCUCUGCAUUUCUUGAAGUAUAUCUUAAGGGAAACAGUGAUCACCAAUAUACUCUUAAAAAAGAAAAAAGAAAAAAAAAGAUCUCCAUCACUUUAGUCUGGACGGAGGCAAUAGAGCAAUGCCUCUCUGCAUUUCUUCCUAAUGGAACAGACUCUGCAGUACAUUACCAAGUUGAGAAUUGAAAUAUUUUCUUGCACCACUCUUGGCUAGAAAAGAAAAUAGAUAAAAUCAAAUAAAUUUAGUAACAAAUUAGAGUGACUCCUCUUGUUGGAAGAAUUUCCAACAGAUUGGAGUCUUGGAGUCUUGUUUUUAAGUGUGUGUGUGUGUGUGUAAAGCACUUUGGAUUGUGCCUCCUGUUUUCGUUUUUACUGGGGACACUGUACCUACAGUUUACACCUUGGGCACAUAAGAUUUUUCUUCUCUUUUUCUCUGGUGGUUUUGUUUCUGAGAGGACCAACAGCACAACCCUCGAGGAUUUUGUUUUCCUGAGCGUGGAGCUGUUGCCUGUUUGCUCCUUUGUCUUUCUUUGUGUGCUCAACUUUUACAGACUGUAAAGGAAAUCUGUUGUUGUGAAGAUCAAGCAGAGUCAAAGCUGUGUUUCUCACUGAGAUGUGAGUGUAUUCAUCAUGAACCCAGGGCUCCAGCUGUUGUGGAAGCCACAUCAUGUUAAACAUUAAACUGGUUUGGGUAGAAAGAACGUCAAUAAAAUAAUACACAUACCUUGGAGGUAAACACCUUUUUUUUUUUUUUUUUUUUUUAAGGUCAGAUUGCCUCAGGUUCAGGAAGAGGCUGGGAAAUCAAGUCUUGAACACAAUCAUGUUACAUAUUUUAAAAAAAGAGUCUGCUCAAAUGAGAAAACAUGGUAGUGGUCUAGUUCAAGGAAAGAGAUAUUUAAUAUUUAAAAAUAAAAUACAGUCGUGAAAUUGGCCAGCAGUGACAGGUAAAGCCAAGAAGAAACAAGCUGUUCUCAUAUUACCAAAUUCUAUCUGUCCGUGUGUUUUUGUAUAACAUUUUGGUGAAAGUGAGAGUCAGUUCCCUUUUCCAACCUGCAGAGACUAUCUUUCAAUACAGACUCUAUUUAUGCUUGUGUUUACAAACUGUAUUUGUUGGGUUUGGGUUUUGUUUUUCUUUUUUUUUUUUUUAAUUAAAAAAAUUUUUUUUUCAGUGGCAUUUUCAGGUCACUUUGCUUCAAUAACAAAGAUAAUUAUUUUCAAGUAAUUUGUCUUCACCUUUUCCUGUAUUUGUACAUAGUGAUUCAAUAUUAGAGAAAAGUGCAUUGUUUCUGUCAUAUUUCCAAUCUGUGUUGGUGCUCAUUUGAGAAAAUAAAGUUUUCAAAUAUUAA